AUGUAUUCAGGUGAUGGAAGUAUUGACUACAAGGAAUUCGUAUCUCUCAUGGCAACAUAUUAUGAAAAUCAACACGAGGAAAAAUCCCAAAGUGAAAUUUAUCGCGAGGCGUUUAAUAGGUUCGAUGUAAAUAAGGAUAAUGUAAUUGACUCAAAUGACCUCAAAGCCUUAAUGGAAGACCUUGGAACUGAAUUGAGGGAGAGUGAUAUAGUCGAAAUGAUUCAAGAAGCGGAUAAAAAUGGAGACGGAGUUGUCGAUUAUGAUGAAUUUGUCGGAUUAUUUGAAUCACAGAAUGGCCAUUUCAGUUGA